AUGGAUCAGUGGCUUAAAAGUGGAUUUUUGCCAACAAAAAGGCGAAAACCUGACCAGGAAGAAAUGCAAGAAAGUUGUCAGGAACACGGUGCAUGUCAACAAGAAAUAGAAGGACAACGUGAGUCUGACGUGGACGGCUAUUCAGAUAAUUCCCAUGUUGCUGAAACUGAAAGUGGUGCAGCUAAUAAAAGUGCCCUCCGUGUUAGUCAGAAACACGGAAAUAAACGAAAAAAAGUGGUAAGAAAAUACGAUGAAAAAUAUAUUGACUAUGAAUUCACCUGCAUUGACGAUGAAAACGAGCCAAAGCCACAGUGCGUUUUGUGCUAUGAAGUGCUUUCUAAUGAAUGUAUGAAACCUGCAAAAUUAAAGCGCCAUAUACAGACAAAACAUGGAGCAGUACAGGAAAAGCCGCGAGAGUAUUUCCUCCGUAAGCUGUCUGAAUUGAAAGGCGGUAAGAAGAUAAUGAAAAAGGCUACAAGUAUCAACAUGAAAGCCUUGGAAGCAUCAUACGUUGUGAGCAACCUUAUUGCAAAAGCGGGCAAGCCACACACCAUUGGAGAAGAGUUAAUUUUACCCGCUGCAAAGCAACUAGUAACAAUAACGUGUGUCGAAAAAAUUUCUAGUGAACUGAAUGUAGUGCCACUGUCAAAUGAUACUGUCUCGCUUCGAAUUUCUGAUAUGGCAAAUGAUGUCCAACAGACUCUUGUGCAUCGCGUGAAAAACAGCAAGUUUUACUCAUUGCAGUUGGAUGAGUCGACAGAUAUUGCCAGUCAGGCUAAUCUUCUCGUGUAUGUCAGAUACAUUUGGAACGAGAAAGUGCUGGAAGAACUCCUUUUUUGUUGUCCAUUGCCAUCAAACACAACCACAGAGCUAGUGUUUGGUGUAUUAUCCUCAUUCAUCAAUGAGAAUGGCAUUCCUUGGGAGAAAUGUGCAGGAAUAUGCACUGAUGGUGCCAGAGCAAUGUCAGGAAUAAACAGUGGACUGAUUGCCAGAGUGAAAGAAAUUGCACCAGAUGUUGUUUGGAUCCACUGCAGCAUCCAUCGAGAGGAUUUAGCAACAAAGAAAAUGCGCCCACGCCUCAAGAAUGUCUUGGACACGGCAGUGAAAGUUGUGAAUUACAUUACAGCUCGUCCGCUUCAAUCCCGACUAUUCCAUAUUAUUUGCCAAGAAAUGGGAAGUACUCACUUACAAUUACUCUUGCACACUGAAGUAAGAUGGCUAUCCAGAGGAAAGGUCCUUACCCGAUUAUUUGAGUUACGGGAAGAAGUCCAGAUUUUCUUCACCGACCAUCCAUUUCAACACCGCGCAUCCUUGGAUGAUCCAGCAUGGAUUUCUCUGCUUGCUUACCUGGCAGAUAUUUUUUCACGUCUGAAUGAUCUCAACAGAGGGUUACAGGGAAAUGUCACCAUCUAUGACGUCCACGACAAAAUUGCAUCAAUGGUAAAGAAAUUGAAGUGGUUGCAGAAUUGUAUCCAGCAAUUGGAUUUUUCCACCUUCCCAAACCUGGACAGUUACCUCAAAGAGAGUACCUUUGCUCUUGAUGAUGUUGCAAGAUCAGAUAUCGAAGAACAUUUGGCAGGCUUGCAACAACAAUUCCAUACCUAUUUUCCCACGGCCGUAAAUAACAACUGGGCUCGAAAUCCAUUUGCAGUGGACACUGGGGCACUUCCACAAAGUCUGACAGUUUCUGAACGAGAACAGUUGCUGGAGCUAUCCUGCGAUGGCACAUUGGCAGCUGAUUUUAAAAUGCGCCCCCUACCUGAGUUCUGGAUCCAGGCCCAGAAGGAGUAUCCGCAGCUUGCCGACAAAGCCAUCCACUUGCUGAUGCCCUUCGCGACCACAUAUUUAUGUGAAGCUGGGUUUUCCACACUCACAGCUAUCAAAACAAAGUACAGAAACAAGUUGGAUGUGGAGGCUGAUCUGCGAUUAAAUCUCACCAACAUCGAGCUGAAUGUUCCUCACCUUUGUGCAAACAAACCGGCACACCCAUCACAUUGA